AUGACACAGACGUGCAUACUAGCUUUUCUGUCUGCUCUGACAGUUGUUGUUGCUAUCUCCUGGACGGCAACGCCAUUUAACCCGCUGUCGAUACCCUUGGCAGUGCGAUCUCCUUCCCUGUCCUGUUGGUUACCUGGUGGCAACGACGGGGGUAAUCUUGCUGGUCAAUGGCCUGAGUUCUGGACGGGAGCGACUCUCGGCUGGGCUGGUUAUGUCCGCGUGGAUAAUACCACUUACGUGUACAUGGGUGCUCCGAGCGUGCCUAACCUGUCUCCGCCGCUAGCAACUCAGACCAACUUCGCCUUUACUUCAACUCAAAGCAUAUUCAAACUCAAUGCCGGACCGAUUACUCUUCCCGCGUCUUUUUUAUCUCCUAUUGAACCGAAUGACCUUUUACGACAAUCCUUGCCGUUCUCCUAUCUUGCGAUCUCAGUUGAAUCCAAUGACGGCGCUCCACAUUCUGUCCAGAUCUACUCAGAUAUCAGCGCAGAAUGGGUGUCGGGCGAUGAUGCCUUGGUCGCCAGUUGGUCGACACACACGGGGGACAUCAUGACACACCAGGUACAGCUGCGAACUCAAGAGCUGUUCAGCGAGGUAAAUGAACAUACGCAAUACGGAGCAGCGUACUAUUCAGUGGCAAGUGGUGGUACAUACCAAACCGGAGCAGAUGUGAACGUUCGCACCCAGUUCAUCAACAAUGGCAAACUUACCAAUACGGAAGAUACCAACUACCGUGCUGUCGACCAGAACUGGCCAGUGUUUGGUCAUGCAUUUGAUCUCGGCAGCGUGAGAGCUGCAACAGCACCCAUUGUCUUCUCGAUUGGACACGCGCGGGAUCCCGCGUUGCAGUACAUCGUCAUGAACGACGCCAGUAAAAUGGCCUACUCGAUGUUAUUGCGUUUUUCCUCGGGGAUUACUCUCGUGCACUCGCCGCCGCCAAUGCCUUCGACGCUCACGUAUACGCCGAUGCGAGUACAAUCUCCGAGGACUACGCAGCCAUCGUCGCUAUCUCCGCCCGUCAAGCCUUUGGUGCUAGAGUUGACAAUCGGAACAAGCUCGGAUGACAUUCUGAUGUUCAUGAAGGAAAUUAGCUCGGAUGGAAACGUCAAUACUGUCGAUGUGAUUUUCCCUGCGUAUCCUAUCUUUCUAUACACGAAUCCAGCACUCGCACGUUAUCUCCUCGAGCCUCUCUUUCAAUAUCAAAACACUGGUCAAUCUCCGAACAAGUGGAGCGGCCAUGACAUGGGAAGUCAUUACCCCAAUGCUACCGGUCACAAUGAUGGAUCCGACGAGGCGAUGCCUGUCGAAGAAAGCGGCAACAUGGUUAUCAUGUCCGCCGCGUAUAUGAAGGCGACUGGAGAUAGCGCCCUGGGAUCGUCUUACUACAAUCUGCUCCAGCAAUGGACAUCCUUUUUGAUUAAUGAUUCCCUCAUUCCCGCAAAUCAGAUCUCGACGGACGACUUUGCAGGUGCCUUGGCUAAUCAAACGAACCUUGCGAUAAAAGGUAUUGUUGGCAUUGCGGGAAUGUCGCAGAUAGCGAGCGCUCUCGGCAAGACUGUCGAUGCGCAAUACUACUCAUCAAUUGCGCAGUCUUACGUGCCCCUAUUCGAAGGCUUUGCUACUUCCAAGGAUGGAUCGCACCUCGACCUGUCGUAUGGUAACGAUUCUUCCUGGGGUAUCACAUACAACCUCUACGCGGAUAAGCUUCUGCAAGCCAACCUUUUCCCGGACCAUCUCUAUGAAAUGCAGACAGAUUGGUACCCGACAGUAAAGCAACCGUAUGGAAUUCCCCUUGAUACUAGACAUCUCUACACAAAGACAGACUGGCAAAUUUUUAUGUCCGCCGGGGUCACAUCUAACUCAACCAGAGAUUUAUUCAUAGAGAGUGUGGCGUCGUUCCAGAAGGGUGGCUUGACGAACGAACCAUUCCCCGAUCUGUAUGAUACGAACACUGGAGAACAAGAUGUCAUCCAAUUCAAAGCCCGCCCUGUUGUGGGUGGUCAUUUUGCGCAUCUGGCACUGAAAGCCCUUUGA